AAUUUGGGAAAAUUAGUAACUGCACCUAUGUUAAAGUUUAAAGAUGCUAAGAAUGACUUCAACAAACAUUYAAAAACAGAAUAUCAUCUUCUUUCUGUUCAAAGAGCAAACGACUUCCUAAUCAAUUUUGAAAGUGGGUUUGAAAAAACAGUUGAURUACUCUUUGAUAAACAUCUACAACAAACGAUUGAGAGCAACAAAAAAAGGCUGAUACCAAUUGUUAAGACAAUAUUAUUCUGUGCUAGAAAUAAUUUACCAUUGCGUGGUCAUCGAGAAACUGGUUCUUUAUCAUUAGAAAGUGUGAGAAGUUCUUGUAUAGUUGGUGAACAAGGUGUUCUUCGUGCACUUCUGGCUUUUCGGGUAGACAGUGGUGAUACAGAACUUCAAAGACACUUUGAAACWUCCCCUAAAAACUGCACAAUGAUCAGUCCCAAAGUCCAGAAUGAGAUAAUUGAUGUGAUUGGUGAUGUAAUUGUAGGGAAAAUAGUUGAACGAGUCAAACAAUUUCGAUUUUUUUCAUUACUAUGUGAUGAAACUACUGACAUUAGCACUACUGAACAGAUGACAGUAUGUAUACGAUAUGUAGAUACGUCAUCUUGGAUACUUAGAGAAGAUUUUCUGGGAUUUGUAAAAAUGACUUCAACUACUGGUUUAGCAAUAAAAGAUGCAAUAUUAAUAAAACUUAAAGAAGUUGGUCUUAGCAUAGAUAAUCUUAGAGGACAAGGUUAUGAUGGAGGAGCAAACAUGYCUGGUAAACGUAAUGGUGUCCAAAGUCUGAUUUUAAAUGAGCAACCACUAGCAUUCUAUACGCAUUGUUUUAGCCACUCUUUGAACCUUUGCUUAUCCAAGGCCUGUAAUGUUUCCUCGAUCAAAAAUAUGAUGGGAAUUGUAUCAAGUAUUGCUGCUUUUUUUUCUGCUUCAGCUAAGAGAUCUGAUAAAUUGAAAUCAGUUAUUUUAAGCGAUAGCAAUAAUUCACAAAAAAAAGAAAAAUUGAAAACACUGUGCGAGACACGUUGGAUUGAGCGUCAUGAAGCAUUGAUUACAUUUAAACAAUU